ACCCCAUCGCGCACAGAACACAACCUCCAUGGCGCAACCCACGCUGAAGGAUUACCUCCACUUUGGCAACAAUCAGGCUUUUUCCUGUCAUGUCCUUUAUCAUCACCUGCAAUCCUCCCGAUCCGUGCUACGCGCUUUGGGAAUUCCAAGGGGCGGACAUGUACCUCCGCAGUUGUUUGCGCCCGACAGCGUCGUGACACUGCAUAUCGACGGGCCUGGUAACCUCGAGCGAGACGCGUACUUCCCCCACGUCCUCAAUAGACUCAAAGACAAUCACCUUCUCAUAGCCAAACUCAUGAUAGGCCACACGAAUUGGUACAACUUCCAGCGCUCAUCGUCAUUGGAUCUUUCCGGGUUUCAACACAUCAGACAUCUGGUUAUCCACGGCAGUAUUUUCAGUGAAAGCCACUUGUGUUCCCUUCUGAGCUCUUUGCCCAGUCUGCGCACUCUCGAGCUUCAUAACAACUUGAUGCAAAAUCAUGGUAAUUUUGUUCCCAGCGCUGGUCAAAUGAUAGCUCCGAUUGGGGUCCUUGCCUUGACUCUGGGUAACGAAAGCUGUUGGGCUUUGCUGGAUCUUUUCGUGAGCAAUCGCUCUCCUUUGCUCCCGGGUGCCUUGAGGCAGCUUGUCCUUCGGCGCCCAAGAGGUGCAGAUACCGGAGACGAUAGCCUCUCUCAAAAGAUGUCGGCACUUUUGGAGCAAGUGAGGUUCCCUUUUGUGCUUGAAGUGGAUGAUUUCAACAUAACCGUACCGAUGCCGCCCAUGGUCCCCUUGGUAAACAUCAAAGAAAUUGUGAUCACCCUCUGUGUGUUAGACAACUACUACGACUUCAACUAUCAGACGCUCGUGUGGUGGACGGAGACGCUCAAGAAUAUCCCGGGACGGACAAAGCUAAGCACGAUCACGAUCAAAGUGGAGCUUGGCCCACCGACUUCUGCGAAUGCACCAUAUCCUCACGACAGGGCUACAUGGGAAGCUUUUGAUGAGGCUCUAUGCCGCAUCGAGAUCUCUAGUGGCUUAGAACAUUUGCGUUACCGCGUCGUUCCCAGGGCUGGAUACGAAGGAAACCCCAAUUACGAUUGCGAAACCAUGACGCGUUGGUUGUGCUUGAGGUGUCUCCCAAGGGCGCGAAUUUUGUACACUGCGUCGCAAGACGCUGACUUUCGGGUCCUGGACUGGGCAAAUCGGGAGGUCGAUGUGAGUGCAUUUACGUAAGGAUCCAUUCCGCAGAGAAAGCGAUGUAAACAAGAAAGAAAGAAAAGAAAAAUAUUUAUGCAGA